AAGAGUAACACAAAAAAAAAGAAAGAAAGAAAAGAAGUGGUCGCAGUGUUCGUCGAAGAAGAAGAAACAACUUGCCGAAUCCAAUCGGCGUGAUCCCCUUUUUUAAAAAGAGAAAAUAAACACAUUAAGAGUGAGUGAGUGAGAGAGAGAGAGAGAGAAGAUAAUACAUUCGUAAUAGAGGGACGAAGGAAGAGUUGAAUUGAAGGGAAGAAGAAGAAGAAGAAGAAGAAGAAGAAGAGGAUAAAACAGAAAGUGCAGCGUGACCCGUGCAAGAAACCAGCUUUGGGAGACUUUGAUCACGGAUGUGAUUGUUUGAUGCGAGAUAAACUCGCAGUUCUCAAAUUUAUCAACCAAGAAGAAUAAAAACCAAGGAUGGAGAGUAUUAGGGAGGAAUGAUAGAAUGCAAGAGGGUAGCACCGCCGUGGCGCUAGCGAUGGUGACUCCUGGUUAUGAUCAGGACCCUGCGAGUGGGGUUGCCGAUUAUACGACCCAUCAGGACCAGGCCCAAUUCGAAGCUGAUAAAAGGGCCGUAUAUAAGCAUCCCCUAUUCCCCCUUCUCGCGUUACUCUUUGAAAGAUGCGAACAAGCGACUCAGAGUUCGGACAACUCGACAUCCGAGAGCUUCAACAUGGACAUACAGGCAUUUGUGCAGCAUCAAGAAAGAGACCGAAAACCUUUUUUAAUCAAUGACCCAGAAAUUGAUGGUUUGAUGAUCAAGGCGAUACAAGUGCUGCGAAUUCAUCUCCUGGAAUUGGAAAAGGUACAGGAGUUGUGCAAAGACUUCUGCAACAGAUAUAUAACGUGCCUAAAAGGCAAGAUGCAGAGCGAAAAUUUAUUACGCAGCGACUACAGUCACCAUGGACACGACAUGGGUCCGUCCAGUGGCAGCAAUGGCAGCAGUCCAUUGCAGGUGCUGUCAUCUACAGGCAAUGAUGUUGAGUCGGGAGCUAACGGAUUCAGAGUAAGCAGAGGGGAUCUGCUAUUGGAAAACGUUGGUGCAAACCAAGUUGCCGUACAAGAGGACAUUGGAAAUGACAGACCUUCCUCGGUUCAAUCGACGUCUACCAACCAAUGUUCGGUCAGAUCUAACAGUCAAGACCAUGAUGAACCGGUAUCACCUUCUACGGUACAUGGAAGUACACCACUUUCUCAAAUCGGUGCUCAUCCUUGUACUCCUGCUAAUGAUAUGUAUCUUGGUCAAGAUGAUAUCGACUAUGUAAAUACUGCUGACAGAAUAUAUUUAGAAGAAGUUGGAUACUGGGGUCUUCUAGCACUACAAGAACGGGAAACCGAAUAUGUGGAUGUUGGAGAUGCUAAUGACGAAAAGUAUUUUGGAUCACCACCUUCCCCAGCUCCAAGCGAAGAUGAAGAAGAAUGCGGCACCGGUACUGUUACCUCAAAUCAUGGUAGUAUUCAUGGUAGUAAUCAUGGAAAUGUUAAAAAGGGAAGACAGAAGCGUGGUGUUCUACCUAAACAAGCGACCAGUAUCAUGCGAACAUGGCUCUUUGCACAUAUAGUUCAUCCUUAUCCAACGGAAGACGAGAAACGACAAAUAGCGAGUCAAACGAAUCUAACAUUGCUACAAGUUAAUAAUUGGUUUAUAAAUGCGCGCAGACGAAUUUUACAACCAAUGCUUGAUGGUGCUGGUGCUGAAGCUGUGUCCCGUGUUGGAAAACGUCAUAAAGUAUCUAAACAUGCGGUACAGCAACAACAAAUCCAACAGCAACAAGCUGGUAGUGGAGGUGGUGGUGGUGGUGGCGGUGGUGGUGGUGGUUGGCAGUCUGAAGAAUCAGGAAGUGAUUCAGGUUCUAGCGAUGGUGAAGGAGGUGCCGAUAGAUCAAAAGACGGUAAUGAUAGCGAUGAAGAUGAUCUUCACUGACCUCUGUCGAUCAUUAAUGAUAUGUCAACCAUAACCUCUUUAAGGUACCUUCAAAUCCAGUUGCUUAUUACAGUAUUAAGGUAUUCGAGGAUAGAUUUCGCUUUAACUGUUAAAUACGUAAUCAUUCUCACGGCAACCAAGGGUACAUGAGUAGAGGUUAUCACGCUCUCUCUCUCUAUAUAUAUAUAUCUCUAUCUAUCUCUGUCUCUUUCAACUGUUCUUCUUAUUGUCUCAACCUAUGCGUUUCUCUGGGCUCCAACUUGUAUCUUCCUUUAUUAUUAUUAUUAGAAGAAACAAAUAUCAUUGAAAAUUGAUUAUAUGAUUCUAUUAUUCAUUAAUAUGAUGAUGAAGAAUGAUAUUCAUUCAUACAAAUCCUCCACUCAUUUACCCCAGAUUCAAUGUGUUUCUAUGAUAAUUAAUGAAACAAAAUGAAUAUUUGAUGCUUUCCUUUUUCAAAAUAUCAUAAUGAAAAAUCAUAGUCUUCUUCUUUUAUGCAAUUUUUGGAUUGACUUUGAUAAAUGUCUCCCUUUCAAGUUCACUUUGUGGUAAAUUAGUAAUAUAAGAGUUAAAUUAUUUGUAGUAUUUGUUUUUUUUUUGUUAUUACUAAUAGAGUCGUUUGAUUUAUUACAUCAAUUCUAUAUUUGCAAUAUAAAAUAGUAAUUACUUCCAAAAAAGAAGAAAAAAAAAAAAAGAAGAAAAAAAAAACUACGAUUAAUAUAUUUGUUUGUGUUUUUUGUUUUACAAAUUUUGUUGAAAAGUCUGCUGCCAGUUUGUGAGACAAAAUGUUUGUUUGUUUUUGAAAAAUAUAUUGUGCACACUGUUUAAUUUUACACUUGUAUGCAGACGAUAGAUUAAACAAAAAAGAAAAAAAAAAAA